AGAUGAUUACACGCCUGUGUAGACGCAGCAGCGUACAUUACAGGUGACACGUCAUAUUCCUACGGGCAGAGCUUUGUCUAUAUAGCGUUGAGGAGUUUCAGCGUUUCUGUCUUUGACAGCGUCAGUAAGUUCUCAUGACCAGCCGCUCCUUUCGCUGACGAAGCAGUAAGAUGACGAAAUCAUAUAGCUGGUUUCUGCUAGACAUAUUCCUCUUUGUGGGAGUUCCUUACGCCGUAACGCGCACAAUUAGAUCGCCAGGAAUUCAGCGAAGAGACGGCGGUGAUGCUCUGCCUUAUGGCUCUGCGCAAGAUAAUGUAGAAUGGGGUGACCAGUGGCAGGCCAACCCAAACGCGGAAGCUGGCAACGAGAUAAAGCAGGACAUGUGGCAUGAUGAGCUGUAUGACGAUAAUCAACCUGAAUGGAUACAUGGUACUUUCAAACAAACGCUACCAACUGAGACGGCCAGCGUGCUUCAAGUAGGGGAUGCGACAGAGAGCUGGGAAUCGAGUACCGAUACGCGCACGUCAUUCGAACCGAUUUACGAAAGCGAGAUUGUCUCCUCGAAAUCAAAUGCGGCAGCGCCGUCAAUCAGUGGAGAUAACGCACAAGAGGCUUGGGCGGCAGGUGACAUCGGUCAGCUGCUCGGUCGAAAUCAAGCCAGUUUCGACACAGCGACCAUACCCGCAGAAGUAAUUACGCCUAACGACGAUUCCACGUAUGAAGAUAGCGUCACGACGCUCGGCUCACACGCGAAAGGAAGUACGACAAAUGAGCUAGAGACACAGAUACGACCGGGAGAAACGAGGCCGGAUUUAUCGAACGAUGAUGACGACCUUACGGAUGAAGACUGGGACAAAUUAAUCGACGCCAUGUUUGGCUUCGAUAACGCCCCGGACGACGUGGGUAAGGUCUCGGAUUUUGCCGACGGUGGCUCCCUGAGCGGCGACAUUGAGAACGACGAGUCCGCAUACGCGGCAAGCACCAGUAAUGAGACGUCCGCUAACAGCAGCGACACCUCGCGGGUAACGCUACCGACUCAGUCGAUUAACGCUACCGGCAGCGACGACGACGACGGCGACAAUAACGACGCGAGCGACGACGAGGCGGGCUUCUGGGACUUUCUCAAUACGCUCUUCUACUACAGAGGCGAGACGCAUGAGUCAUCGACAGCGCCGAUGGCUUCGUCCACCAUCAAUGGCGACGAGGAGGCCAAAGGUCAAGAGGCCGACGGAAUUCGUGUUCCGACUCAGGUGGCAGUCACGGAGCAUCAUGACGCCGGUGCUGAUUACCUUUCGAUCGCAGGAGCAGAUGUCAACCAGCCCGGCGCUACCUCGGCCAAAAUAUGGGUUUUGGCAGAUAGAUUCUAUUCGGUACGGCUAGUUGAACCAAUAGCUGGUGUGCUGGCUGGGAGUGCUUUCUUUGGUUUAGCCUUCUUUGUCUUAAGAGGUUUGCGACGAAGGAGAAGGGCGAGGCGUAUUCUUAGCACACAGGCGUUAUUUGGAAGCAAAAUGUCUUCGGAUAGCAGUGCGUUCUUAUUGGAAUCUAAUACAUCGGAGGAAGAAGAGAACUAGCGUCCACGGAGCAAGGGACUUAUCUGUGAGCUCGUCAAUUUACAUGCAUUGAAUAUUUAAUGCAGCACUAUCUGAUAGUGCGACUUCUGUACGUGCCUUAAAAUUUUGUCACCAGUUCUAUCCGUCAGAAAAUUUCUGGCUGGACGCGAAGUACUACUGAGUCCUUGAAUGCACGUGACAUAUUUACAAGAACGAUAUCAACCUGUCUGUGAAAAUGUAUUGCAUGUGUGCAGGCAAUUAAUUUAAACACCUCCCGGUGGCGACAGACCCAUUUUAAAGUAAUACGUGUUUCGGCGUUUGUAUUGGACUAUCUAUAGUCGUCGUCAUAUCAUUAAAUAACGCAUAAUAAAAACCAUAAAUAUCUAUUUACCUAUUUAAUGAUGGUUAAUAAAACGUAAAUUUUA